AUGAAGUUGGACUACAAGUUUUCCAACUUGUGUGGAACAGUUUACAAGGCUGGAAAUGUCGUUUUUACUCCAGAUGGUAAUUCGCUUGUAUCGCCUGUUGGUAACAGAGUGUCUGUGUUUGAUCUCGUAAACAACAAAUCAUAUACCAUGCCAUUUGAAAAUCGUAAAGAUAUUACACGGAUCGCACUCUCUCCAAAUGCAGCACUAUUGAUUACUGUCGACGGAGAUGGUCGGGCUCUGUUGAUUAAUUUCCAAAGACAAGUUGUUCUUCAUCACCAUAAUUUCAAAGCAGCUGUUUACGAUUUAUCGUUUAGUCCAGAUGGACGCUUUUUAGCCGUUACACAUGAAAAUCAAAUUCAUAUUUGGAAAGCACCUGGAUUUACUCUUGAAUUCGCUCCAUUUGUUUUGCACAGAGUGAUUACAGGACACUACGAUCUUGUCACGGCCUUGUCUUGGUCUGCAGACUCGCGCUUCAUUAUUAGCUCAAGCAAGGAUAUGACAAGUAGAAUUCAUUGCAUGAAUGCCGAAGAGGCUUUUACUGGAAUCGUACUCACUGGACAUAAUGAUACUGUAAUCGGCGCGUGGUUUUCCAAAAGCGGUAAAUCUAUUUUUACUGUUGGAAGAGAUGGUACACUCUUUGAAUGGACAAGAAACUCUGGAUCCUGGAAACUCUCUGAAAACGGUGAUGACUCUGCAACUGAAGACGAAAUAGAAAAUGAAGAAACCGAUGGUGUUCGUGUUAAGCACUGGAAAAGUUCACACCGUCACUACUUUAAUCAAAACCAUGCCAAGAUUGUUAGUGCAACGUUUCACGCCGCAUCUGGGCUUCUUUCCGUAGGAUUUGACUCUGGAAUAUUUGGUAUUUGGGAACUUCCCGACUUUACCAAUAUUCACACUCUUAGCAUUUCACAAAAAAAAAUCAAUACUAUCGCGGUCAACUCUACUGGUGAAUGGCUUGCCUUUGGUUCUGCCAAACUCGGUCAAUUGCUUGUCUGGGAAUGGCAAUCCGAGUCCUAUGUACUGAAGCAACAAGGUCAUCAACAUGACAUGAACUCCAUUUCAUACUCUCCCGACGGACAAUUUAUUGCCACGGGUGGUGAUGACGGCAAAGUUAAGCUAUGGAACACGCAGACUGGUUUCUGUUUUGUUACUUUUACUGAACACUCGGGUGGUAUUGUUGCUCUUGAUUUUGCCAAGCGUGGUCAAAUAGUAUUUUCAGCUUCGAUGGAUGGAACCGUUCGUGCAUUCGAUCUUGUUCGAUAUCGUAAUUUCCGCACCUUUACUUCACCCAAACCGGUACAGUUUUCAUCUUUGGCUGUCAACACCAGUGGUGAGAUUGUAUGUGCAGGCAGUUCGGAUUCGUUUGAAAUAUAUGUUUGGUCGGUGCAAACUGGCAGGCUGCUGGAUAUUCUUUCGGGUCAUGAGGGACCUGUAAGCGCACUUGCAUUUUCAAUGGAUGAUGUAUUGGCUUCAUCUUCAUGGGACAAGACCGUUCGUAUCUGGGAUAUUUUUGCUCGUGACAAGCAAUCAGAGAUAUUCGAUCAUCAGUCUGAAGUGCUCACUCUUGCCUUUACACCCGACUCAAAAUGUAUUGCUACAGCAACACUUGAUGGCCAAAUUUGUAUAUGGGAUCUGAAUCUUUCUAAACAAAUCACUACUAUUGAUGGUCGCAAGGACAUUUCGGGAGGUCGUGGAUCAACAGACAAGAUAGCUGCUGCAAACUCUGCUUUUGGCAAGAAUUUUACCUCGAUCUGCUUUACAGCCGACGGCUCAGCCAUUAUUGCAGGCGGCAACUCAAAAUACGUAUGCAUCUAUCAUGUUGCUAGUCAAUCGCUAUUGAAAAAGUUUCAAAUUACGCACAAUCUAUCGCUUGAUUCGAUGCUGGAAAUGCUAAACAGCAAAAAUAUGACCGAGGCAGGACCAAUGGAUUUGAUUGAUCAAACAGCUGAGUUGAGUGAUCUUGAAGACCGGAUUGAUAGAUCACUUCCAGGAGUUGCAUCAGGAGAUAAAUCACUGCGACAUACACGUCCAAGUGCACGUACCAAGGGUGUAAAAUUCUCGCCAACAGGUCGGUCAUGGGCAGCUGCGUCCACUGAAGGAUUACUGAUCUACUCUUUUGAUGAAAAAAUUAUGUUUGAUCCCUUUGAUCUUGAAAUCGACAUCACACCUGAAACAAUUGAUGCAGCAAUGGGUCAAAAAGAUUGGGCUCGUGCUUUGGUGAUGUCGUUCCGUCUUGGUGAACAAGCAUCUAUUCAAAAAGUUUACGAAACUAUCCCAGUAGUAGAUGUUUCGCUUUGUGUAAGAGAGUUGCCAUCCAAGUACCUUGAGCGUCUCAUUCGGUUUAUUGUUGGAUUCAUCGACACGAACCCAAGAUUAGAGUUUCAUUUGGAAUGGGUGACAUGCUUGGCUACACACCAUGGUAGACAUCUGCAGGAUCGAAUGAAUGAGUAUGCUACAAUUUUGAGAGGACUAACCAAAGUUCUUCAAAAAUCGUUUGAUGAUCUUUGUAAAGUGUAA